AUGAUACGGACAGUGGUUUGUCUUUUACUUCUGUUUUGCAUUCACGGCAUAAAGGGUCAGUGGGUCAACGACUACCACGACGAUGCGGUGUUGGACUGUCGGGGCAACCAGUUGCUCAGUUCCAUCGGCAGCAUCCACAAGAACAGCUACGAGGACCGCCUCUGGAAGUUUCAGUGUCGGCCCGCCCCGGGACCAGUCUAUGAUUGUGACUGGACAAGUUACCUGAACGAGUUUGACCAAGUUCUCAACUUCACCUGCCCAAGGGAUUACCUCAUCAACGGAAUGAUGAGCUACUUUGACAACCUGUACAAAGAUCGUCGCUUUUUGGUCAAAUGUUGUCGCGUUUACCCGAGAUCCACCACAAACUGCCAUUUUACUGCAAAGUUCGUCAACGACUGGGACAAAGAAAUGAACUUUUCCAUGUUGGUCGGGGAAUGUAUUAAAGGUGUUUACAGCGUCCAUGACAACAGAAAGCAGGACCGGAGAUGGAAAUUUAACAUCUGCAAUCUUGUGUAA